CAUGAGCUUGCUGCUAGUGACGUUAGGAUAGGAGAUUUUUUUAUUCAGUCCUUUCCCUUGGACAGGGAGAUUUAACCGAUAUCUUUGCAUCUGCGAGGGUCUGCACAGAACCAAGAGAAAGGAUGGUCUGUGGAGGAUUUACCUGCUCCAAAAAUGCUCUGUGCUCGCUAAAUGUUGUGUACAUGCUGGUUGGCCUGCUCCUGGUUGGCGUGGCAGCAUGGGGAAAGGGCUUUGGCAUCGUGUCCAGCAUCCACAUCAUCGGGGGCGUCAUUGCCGUGGGAGUCUUCCUGCUUCUCAUCGCCAUCGUUGGCCUCAUCGGAGCCAUCCACCACCACCAAGUCAUGCUCUUCUUUUACAUGGUCAUUCUGUUCGUGGUCUUCCUGUUCCAGUUUGGUGUGUCUUGCUCCUGCCUGGCCAUGAACAGAGGACAGCAGGGCCAGCUGCUGACAUCCUCAUGGAAGGUCAUGAACACGACCAAACUGGACCUGGAGAACAAGUUGAACUGCUGUGGGCUGUUCAACACCACCGACACCGUGGAGCUCUUCAACAGCGACUAUGCAAUGUGUAACGCGCCCUGCAAGACGAGCCCAGCAGGAUGUCAGACGUGUGGGUACAUGAUGCUGGAGCAUGCGUCUGAAGCGCUGAGGAUCCUGGGAGGUGUAGGUCUCUUCUUCAGCUUCACCGAGAUUCUGGGUGUUUGGCUGGCCAUGCGCUACAGGAACCAAAAGGACCCCGCAGCGAACCCAAGUGCUUUCUUAUAGUCCUCGCCGCACGCAGCUGUCAUGCAAUAGAGUAGUAGGAAAGCAAUUGGCCUUUCGAUGCGCUGGAUACUAGAUACAGGCCCCUCACCAUGCUCUGGCCGCACUGAAAAACAAACGCAAACGCAAACACUCACACUCACAGACACCACCUAACACACUGGACACCAUGCACGCACCUUCCUGUGCCCUCGUUCCUAAAACACAUAGGUGCCAAGCUGUACCACCGCACACACACACACACAGACACACACACACAUACACACACACAGACACAGACACAGACGUAACAGCCACUAAUGUAGAAAUGUUUUCUUUUGUUGUACUCUGUUGGUAUUGUUUUAACUCUUGCGCUGAUUGAAGCGUAAAUAUGCACUCUUGCAGAACCAUUUCAGGUCUCAUGAAUGAUGGGAUGGGAGGAGGUGAGGUGAGGUGUGAUGAUCAAUGCAAACUGAAGUGCAGAGUGUCAAAGUGCCACCCUCCUGAAGUGAAGCAUCCUUGACUUGAGUCAAUGCCACUGGAUUGUGUAUGCAAAAAAAAAAAGAAAUCAGACAAAUCUGCCAUGCAAAAGAAUAUUUGGUAUGUGCAUGUUCUCGGACCAUUGUAGAACUUUCUUCUCUUUCCUCCUCCUGACAGGAUAAAAGGUCUCUCUCUGUCGCUCUCGUUUUCUCUCUCUCUCUUGCUCUUUCUCUCUCUCUCUCUCUCUCUCUCCCUCCUUAUCACAUACAUUUGCAUUCUGCCAAGGUAGUGAAAAGUUUCUUAGUUUUUAUCUCACUCGGUGUGUCAGUGACUCAGUUUUUUCUAUCUAGACCGGUAGAUCUCGUAGAUGAUUUUUGCUGAAGAUGUGUGUAUAUUCGUUGAUGGAAAUACUCAUAAUACUAGUAAAUCGUAGCAACUCUGUGGCAGUGUUGGGAUUUGCUAUGGGCCAUUUUCAAGUGGACGACGAGCUGUGUCUGAAGACUUGAAAUGCGCACUGUGCUGUUGGUCUAGUUAGUUUCCCGUAUUAAAAUCUUGCAAAUGUUAGGCUUUUACUUUCCAGUUGUCUUAAGUACACAUAUUUAAAACCCUGUAACUGAGCCAUGUCUUUCAUUUGCUGUUUCAGAGGGAUUUCUAACCUUCCUCUGGACUGCAGUUGUAAUGUUUUUUUCUGUUUUUUUCCAUUGUUUCAGUGAAGGGAGUGUGGUUAGUUUAGGACAUUUUUCAAAUGUAUCUAUUAUGAUAAGGUACAGAAAGUUCCUUUUGAAGAUUCUGGAACUUAAAAGUUCUGAGUUCUAAGGAGAUGAUUAUCAGUGGCAAGACAAGGAACUCAAAUUGGAGUGGCUUUCAUAUCACAAUGGCAUUGACGUGUUACCGCUACAAAAUUCAGUAAAAAAAAAAAAACCACCUCAUAUUUUCAGUUACAGAUUGGGGUCCAGUGACCCCUUGCUAAACAUUAGGAGUCACAUUUCAGAUCAAGACUGCUUUAAAAUGGACCGAUAGGGAAAAUGAAGUUGGUCAUGAUGGAGUAGUUUGCACAGGGUUGUCUGACGGGUAUAUUUGACGACCCCUUCACCGAGAGCGAAAUAUUUGAAAUGUUCAUGACUGGAUCUAGAUAGAAUAGUCUCAUCAAAUUUACUCAGUGCUUUACAUUGUAUAGCCAACUCCAAAGUGCUGACGGGGUUAAUAUACUUUCCUUAAUUAAUUAAGUCACUAUCCGUUGUCUGUGUCUUUUAUGUUGCCAAUAAUUUACCUUUGUCGUGUUGUUUUUUGAGUUGUAUUUUUUUUUGUUACAAAGUGUUAAAAACUGCAUCAAAUUGUGUGCAAUUUUGUUUUUAAAAAUGCCAAUUAUGAAAGGUCAAAAUAUGUGUUGAAUGACUCGUGGUAGGGCUGAGGAUCUGGUGUAAACAGUUUUAAUCCAGCGAAGAUUUUUUUUUCUUUGAUUGGUGUAUCGUGAUGAUUCAUUGAGAAGCACAGGUACUCUGUUCUUAAUCUAACCAAGCAAGAUAAGAGUGAACGGUGUUUGGCAUAUUUAUGUUUAUUCCUAUUUAUCAUGUGCAUAAUAUUUUCUGAUGUACUAACCACGAACUUGAUGUGCACUGCUUCUCUCUGACCUAUUUUUGAAAUGUUUUCCAAUUAAAACUAGUGAGAUUA